AAGAGUUUAAUUGGAGUGAUGUAAAAAAUGAUUAUAAUCAUGCUAACGAUAAGAAAAAAUUUAUUCAAGAUUUAGAAAUGUGGUUUAAAAAAAAGCCAUUAACAGUUGCAAAAGAAAAAGGCAAAUCAACUCAUAUUGAUUCGUUAAUUAAAUGGUUUAGAAGUGAAGAUGAUGAUAAAAAUGAAAAUAAUAAUGAUAAUUCGGACACAAAUAUUGAGUUGUAA